AUGCGCUGGCGUUACAGCGAAUUACUGGCGGGAGCAGUUGCAAACCUUGCCACAGUUUCGGUAGGUUGUGGCAUAGCAUGGCCCUCCUCGACGUUUCAGAAGCUAUCCGAGGCUGAUCGCGAGGAUAAUCCUUUCGCUGAAGUGUUGUCCGAGAAAGUUAAGUUGUGGUCCGAAACGGCCUUAGCAAUCGGUGGUCUUGCCGGACCAUUGCUGGCGUGCUGGAUCACACGACGAAAGGGGCCACGUCUAGCGCUACUACUUAGCAGCGUCCUGUACAUUGCAGCCUGGCUGCUGUUUAUGAUCGUUGGAUCAAUCUCACUGCUCAUAGUGGCGCGCACCAUUAUUGGCCUGGCUAACGGUUACGUGUUAUUGGUGGUGACACUCUACAUUGGAGAGAUUGCCAGUGAUCAGUACCGUGGAGCAUUGGGAUGUUUCAUUCAGAUCGGAAGCACACUGGGCAUCCUGAUAGUAUACUGUACCGGACCGUUUGUGAGCUAUUUCAUGCUACAGGUAAUUUGCUGUGCAGUUCCAAUUCUGUUCGGUACAUUGUUCCUGUACAUGCCAGAAACGCCUCACUAUCUGGUACAGCGUGGCCACAACCAGCGGGCAUUAGAAACACUGAUGUUCCUGAGAGGAGCUCGCAAUACUGAAGAAGUUAAAUCGGAACUGGAAGAGAUACAAGAGUACGUGAAGCGGCGUGACGGGGAUGAUGGUGCACCAGUACGAACAGUCCAUCAUCUGAAACAUCUGCUGACAAACCGAGGCAAUCGUAAGGCACUAUUGAUCAGCUUAGGAUUGGUACUGUUUCAACAGUGGUCCGGCAUCGACAUCAUUCUCGCCAACAGUGAGCUACUGUUCGCCGAAUCGAACGCUUCCCUAGGACCAAUCUAUGGUACAAUUGCGCUGGGUGUGCUCCAAUUUCUAUCGAGCUGCUCAACACCGCUCUUCAUCGAACGUACUGGACGCCGCCCAAUACUGCUGGUAUCAUCGAUCGGACUAGCGAUUGCACUAGCAACGCUCGGGACAUAUUUCAUGCUAAGUCGCCACGCUGUUUCGAUAGUGUCAAUUCGCUGGUUACCACUUACAGCUUUGCUAGGCUUCGUGACACUUUUCAACGGUGGCUUUGGUCCGGUUGCAUGGGCGAUCGUAAUGGAGAUCUUUGCCCACGAGCUCAAACCGAUCGGUGUAACAUUGUCCGUGCUCGGCUCGGUACUGUUCGAUUAUACCAUCCUGCAGCUUAUCACCGUGCUCACAACGGCUGCUGGCCUAGAUUGGGCGUUCUGGGUACUGGCGUGCAUCUGUGCUGCAGCUGGUGCGUUCUGCUGGAUAUGCGUCAUCGAAACAGGCGCACUUAACCUGCUCGAGAUACAGGAACGGUUGAGCGGUAUCAAAACGGCACGGUUAUGA